AUGGGCGAUGAACCACAACAAAAUUCUGUGGAAAACGGGCAGGAUGAGAUGAACGUGGCUCGAUUCCAGUCAAAAGUUCCAGUUCUGGCCGGCCGCACCUUCAGCAGCUCCGCCAGACAGCUGAGGAACAAAGUCCCCGAGGCCCAAAAACUUUUCCAGGAGGACAAUGGGCUGCCAGUUCACAUCAAGGGGGGAACCUUCGACGUGGUGCUCUACCGGGCGACCAUGACGCUAACUCUGGGAGGAACCUGCUACUCUCUGUACUGGCUGCUCGUCGCCUCCAUGCCGCAGAAGAAAGCGUAGAGAAGAAGCCGACCCAGGCUUGGUCUAUCUCCUGGAAAACGACACUCGGCUCCAUCUAACACUAAUGUUUGUUGUGUGAAAUUCGAUUUGAUUUUAUCACAAGCCGUCGUGCUUUUACAAGGGCGACGAGGCGAUGAAUAUGUAUAAAGUGUAAAAAGAUUUAA